CAAGAUGUUGUCGUCCAAGCUAGUUUGCUUCGCACUGGUCAGUCUGGCCUUUGGUCAACUUUAUCUGGUGGCCAGCGAGGACACCAUUGCCGUUUGUCCCACCAACUUCACCCAGGUGGCGGAUAGGUGUCUCCUGGUGGAUCGCAGUUGGAAGAACUUCUACGAGUCGGAUCGCCACUGUCGAUCCCUCAACGCCGGACUUCUGAGCAUUGGCAAUCCCACGGAGUUCAAUGACAUCAACGAGUGGCUGCCGAUCAUUGCACCUUACCAGCCAGAGUUCUGGACAUCCGGCAAUAAGCUGGGCGGAACUGCCGACUACUACUGGCAGAGCACUGGGGAGAAGGCCCUCUACCUUCCCUGGAGCGCCGGUCAGCCCAAUGCCACCUCCGGCGAUUGUCUCACCCUGAUGGCAAACGUCACCAUGACUCCCGAAGAAGCCAUUUUGAGUGCGCACCGCCUCACGGUUAAGCCCUGCACCCAAUGGGCACCCCACAUCUGCCAGGCUCCUCUGCAGAUCUUCAAGACCCAGCUUUGUCUCAAUACCUCGGCUGUCUUCGAGGCCAAGAUACCAGCUUAGGAGACCUUAAUUGCCCUCACAUUUUGCCUGCCAUGACUAAAACUUUCAUAUUAAAUAAACAUGAGCAACUUAUACACUCUUUCGGAGUAUUGGAUAUAAUCAAAUAUA